AUAAAAAUGGCGUCCAACAUUUUGAAAAUUUCGGGACCUGUCCAAGGAUUUCGCCGUCUUGUCUCGACCGCAACCCCUUCGGCACAAGGACACGCAGGUGGAGGCACAUUCUGGAAGAAACUCUCCUUACUUAUUGCACUCCCUGGUGUUGCCCUAUGCUAUGUUAAUGCUGAAAUCAAGGAGAAGGAACACCAUGAUCACCCUAGGCCAGAGUUCAAAGCCUACCAACAUCUUAGACUGAGGACCAAGGUAUUCCUACAGCUGAGAGACUUAGUAACAUGUCUCAUUGAUUAUUAUGAAUUUCAUGAUUUGGUAUAUGUUCAUGGGUUAUAUCUGAAAGAGACAUGUGUAUAUUGGAUAUGAAGCUAUAUGUUGAAAUAUAUAUGUUAUGAGAGUG